GUUCCGCUCCUCCUCGGGUUGGAUUGCGGCGGGAGGCUCCCACCCCGUUCCCAUUCUCUCUUUCCCAGAGCUACAGCACCGACGAGGAGGAGGAGGAGAAGGAGGAGGAGGCUCUGGGGAGCGCCGCCUCCUUCGCUCCCGAGCGCGGUGCACACGGGGCAUGGAGCCUGCCUGAGCCAGUCCGCGGGCAGCUGCUGCUGCAGCACAACAUGGAGGCGGCAACGCCGCCGCCGCCGCCGCCGCUGCUUUUGGUCCUGUUCCUGCUGGCCGCCUCGGUACUUCGGUGCAACUUGGGCUCUGUCGCGGCUUCUCCUCUCUUGCUUUUUGCAAACCGUCGAGAUGUCAGACUGGUGGAUGCUGGUGGAGUGAAGAUGGAAGCAACAGUUGUAGUCAGUGGCUUAGAAGAUGCUGCUGCAGUGGACUUCCUUUACUCACAAAAUGUCAUUUACUGGACAGAUGUGAGCGAAGAAGCCAUCAAACAGACUUAUUUUAACCAAACUGGGAGUCUUGUACAGAGUGUCAUCGUUUCAGGAUUGCUUUCUCCAGAUGGCCUGGCAUGUGACUGGAUUGGGAAAAAAUUGUACUGGACUGACUCAGAAACAAAUAGGAUUGAAGUUGCUAACCUCAAUGGAACAUCUAGGAAAGUUCUUUUCUGGCAAGAUCUUGACCAGCCAAGAGCAAUUGCUGUGGAUCCAGCUCACGGAUACAUGUAUUGGACAGAUUGGGGUGAAACACCUAGAAUAGAGCGUGCCGGAAUGGACAGCAGUUUUCGGAAAAUAAUUGUGGAUUCUGACAUUUAUUGGCCCAAUGGACUCACAAUAGAUCUCAAUGAACAAAAGCUUUAUUGGGCUGAUGCAAAGCUGAGUUUCAUUCACAGAGCAAAUCUGGAUGGCUCCUUCAGGCAAAAAGUCGUGGAAGGUAGUCUCACUCAUCCAUUUGCCCUGACGUUGGCUGGGGACACUCUGUAUUGGACAGAUUGGCAGACACGUUCCAUUCAUGCCUGCAACAAGAAAGCUGGAGAGAACAAGAGAGAAAUAAUAAAUUCUCUGUAUUCACCAAUGGACAUCCAGGUUUUGAGCCCGGAAAGGCAGCCAUAUUUUCACACACCAUGUGAGGAAAGUAAUGGUGGUUGUUCACACUUGUGCCUGUUGUCCCCAAAGGAGCCCUUUUAUAGUUGUACCUGUCCUACUGGAGUCCAACUACAAGAAGAUGGGAAAACCUGCAAAGCAGGUGCUGAGGAAGUCCUUUUGCUCGCUAGAAGAACGGAUCUACGAAGAAUUUCCCUGGACAUGCCAGACUUCACAGAUGUUAUUCUGCAAAUAGACAACAUUAGGCAUGCUAUUGCAAUUGACUAUGACCCUGUUGAGGGCUACAUAUAUUGGACAGAUGAUGAUGUCAGAGCUAUUCGACGGGCAUUUCUUGAUGGAUCUGGAGCCCAGACUCUAGUAACAACAGAGAUAAAUCAUCCUGAUGGCAUUGCAGUAGAUUGGGUGGGUAGGAAUUUGUAUUGGACUGAUACUGGUACAGAUCGGAUUGAAGUUACACGUUUGAAUGGGACGUCAAGAAAGAUCCUUAUUUCAGAAAACUUAGAUGAACCUAGAGCAAUAGUGCUCAAUCCUGUGAUGGGGUAUAUGUAUUGGACAGACUGGGGUGAAAAUCCAAAGAUUGAGUCUGCUUAUCUGGAUGGAUCUGAGAGGAAAGUGCUGGUGAAUACUUCUCUAGGAUGGCCUAAUGGUUUGGCAUUGGAUCUUGAAGAAAACAAACUUUAUUGGGGAGAUGCAAAGACUGACAAAAUUGAGGUAAUAAGCCUUGAUGGAACCAUGAGAAAAACACUCAUAGAAGAUAAACUUCCUCAUAUAUUUGGAUUUACUUUACUUGGUGAAUACAUCUACUGGACAGAUUGGCAGAGGCGAAGUAUUGAAAGGGUUCACAAGAAAUGGGCAAGUCGGGACAUUAUCAUUGAUCAGUUGCCGGACUUGAUGGGUCUUAAAGCAACAAGUGUCACCAGAGCAGAGGGGACAAAUCCAUGUGCCGAGAAUAAUGGCGGCUGCAGCCACCUGUGCUUCUUCACACCCCAGGAGUGCAGAUGUGCCUGUCCAAUUGGACUGGAGUUACUUAGUGAUAUGAGGACCUGCAUCAUCCCAGAAGCUUUCCUUGUCUUCACCAGCAGGGCAGCCGUUCAUAGGAUUUCUCUUGGAGCCAGCAACAAUGAUGUUGCCAUUCCUCUUACGGGUGUGAAAGAAGCUUCUGCUCUAGAUUUUGAUGUAUCUGACAACAGAAUCUACUGGACAGACAUCAGUUUAAAGACAAUAAGCCGAGCCUUCAUGAAUGGAAGUGGACUUGAACAUGUGAUUGAGUUUGGGUUAGAUUACCCUGAAGGCAUGGCUGUAGAUUGGAUGGGAAAGAAUCUCUAUUGGGCAGAUACUGGAACCAAUAGGAUCGAAGUGGCCCGGUUAGAUGGGCUAUUCCGGCAAGUUCUUGUGUGGAAAGAUUUGGACAACCCAAGAUCAUUGGCUCUUGAUCCAUCAAAAGGGUAUAUGUACUGGACAGAGUGGGGAGGCAAACCCAAAAUUGUUCGAGCAUACAUGGAUGGAACAAAUAGUAUCAUGCUGGUGGAUAAGGUGGGACGUGCCAACGAUCUUACAAUUGAUUACAAGGAUCAAAGACUUUAUUGGACUGAUCUGGACACAAGCAUGAUUGAGUCAUCCAAUAUGCUAGGGCAAGAGAGGGAAAUAAUAGCAGAUGAUCUACCUCACCCCUUUGGGCUAACUCAGUACAGUGACUUCAUCUACUGGACAGAUUGGAACCUCCACAGUAUAGAAAGAGCUGACAAAACAAAUGGCAGGAAUCGAACACUUAUUCAGAAUCGUCUGGACUUUGUGAUGGAUAUAUUAGUUUUCCAUUCAUCGCGACAGGAUGGUUUCAAUGAGUGUGCGCAAAAUAAUGGGCACUGUGGGCAGUUGUGCCUGGCCAUACCCAAUGGCUAUAGAUGUGGCUGUGCAUCACACUACACCUUGGAUCCCAAGACCCGGAACUGCAGUUCACCCAGUAGCUUCUUACUAUUCAGUCAGAGGUCUGCAAUAAGUCGGAUGAUACCAGAUGAUCAGCAGAGUCCAGACAUCAUUCUUCCCAUCCAUGGACUAAGAAAUGUUAAAGCCAUUGAUUAUGAUCCUCUUGAUGCAUUUAUCUACUGGAUAGAUGGACGCCAAAACAUUAUUAAAAGGGCAAAAGAUGACGGCAGUCAGCCUUUCACAGUCAUGAAUAUUCGCAACCAAAGCCAAAACCCAGAAAAGCAGCCACAUGACCUGAGCAUUGAUAUUUUCAGCCAUACUUUGUACUGGACAUGUGAAGCUACAAAUACAAUCAAUGUCCACAGACUUAAUGGGGAGCAGAUUGGAGUUGUCUUACGGGGAGAUCAUGACAAGCCCAGGGCUAUAGUUGUAAAUGCAGAACGAGGGUACAUGUAUUUCACUAAUAUGCAAGAGCGAGCCCCAAAGAUUGAGCGUGCAGCCUUGGAUGGAACAGAACGAGAAGUGCUCUUCACCACUGGCUUGCUUCGACCUGUUGCACUAGUGAUUGACAAUAAACUUGGGAAGCUCUUUUGGGUGGAUGCUGAUCUCAAACGGAUUGAAAGUUGUGACCUAUCAGGGGCUAACCGGGUCACAUUACAAGAUUCCAACAUUCUCCAGCCAAUGGGUUUGACAGUUCUGGGAAAUCAUCUCUACUGGAUUGAUCGGCAGCAACAGAUGAUAGAAAGAGUGGAGAAAACUAAUGGAUAUAAGAGGACCAGAAUACAAGGUCGAAUUGCUCACCUAACUGGUAUCCAUGCCAUUGAAGAUAUUGAUAUGGAGGAAUUCUCAACCCACCCGUGUUCUCGAGAUAAUGGGAAAUGUUCACACCUCUGUAUAGCAAAAGGAGAUGGAACUCCAAGGUGUUCCUGCCCUGUUCAUUUGGUACUUCUGCAGGACCUCUUAACGUGUGGAGAGCCACCAACUUGUUCCCCGGAUCAGUUCACAUGUGCAACUGGUGAAAUUGAUUGCAUUCCCAUGGCAUGGCGUUGUGAUGGCUUUUCAGAAUGUGACGAUCAGAGUGAUGAAGAAAACUGCCCCAUCUGCUCAGCAACCCAGUUUCAAUGUGAGAAGGGGCAGUGCAUCGACGCACAUUUGAGGUGUAAUGGAGAAGUUGAUUGCCAAGAUAAAUCUGACGAAUCUUAUUGUGAAACUAUUUGUCUCCAGAAUCACUUUCAGUGUGCCAAUGGCCAGUGUAUUCUCAAAAAACAGCAGUGUGACUCCUUUCCGGACUGCAUUGAUGGUUCUGAUGAACUUUUUUGUGAUAAGACACUUUUUACCGAAAAAAUUAAAUCCUCUGAUGAUUCUGGACCUCACAGUAAUGCUAUUGGGCCUGUGAUUGGAAUUAUUCUUACUCUUUUCGUCAUGGGAAGCAUGUAUUUUGUUUGCCAGCGUGUGGUUUGCCAACGUUACGCUGGGCCUAACGGACCUUUUCCACAUGAAUAUGUCAGUGGGACCCCUCAUGUCCCCUUAAAUUUCAUUGCUCCAGGAAGUUCUCAGCAUGGGACCUUUACAGGCAUCUCUUGUGGAAAAUCCAUGAUUAGCUCCAUGAGCCUAAUGGGUGGAAGCAGUGGUGCCCCUCUUUAUGACAGAAACCACGUCACCGGAGCUUCCUCUAGUAGUUCAUCUAGUACAAAAGCCACAUUUUAUCCACAGAUUUUGAAUCCACCACCUUCACCAGCUACAGAUCGCUCCCUUUAUAACACAGAAAUGUUUUAUUCUUCAAACAUUCCAUCAACAACAAGGUCUUACAGACCCUAUCUUAUCAGAGGGAUUGCUCCACCGACUACCCCCUGCAGCACAGAUGUAUGUGACAGUGACUACACCACAAGUCGGUGGAAAGCCAACAAAUACUACAUCGACUUAAAUUCAGACUCAGAUCCUUAUCCCCCUCCUCCUACUCCUCGCAGCCAGUAUAUGUCAGCAGAAGAAAGCUGCCCACCAUCUCCAGCUACUGAGCGGAGCUACUUCCACCUCUAUCCCCCUCCUCCAUCUCCUUGCACAGACUCUUCAUGAUUUUAACAGAAGGGACUUGUCUUUUUCUGUAAAUACGUUUUUAAAUAUGAACAAAGAUUUUAAAUAUAUAUUUUAUGAUCUAAAAUGGGGUGGGAACUUAUAAAAAUGUGAAUAAAAAUGAAUGGGCCUGGGCUGUGAAAAUUGUACAGCAAAGUGAUAUUUAUGUUGAUUUUUUUAAUUUAAUAAUCCAUUCUUUUGUGCCAUAAUUUGCCUUUGCAUUGAAGUCACAACGUUUAAAUUGACCUCCAAAGGAGGUGAGAAGCAGAAAAUAAUAUGCUUGGAACAUUUUGAAAUCAUUUUUUUUGGUUCAAUAAAGGGAAAUGUGCCACGUUAUUUUAAGUAAUAUAAAAGGCAAGAAGAAGUAUGUAUGAAUGAAUGGUGAUGUUAUUUGAAAUACACACAAGGGAAAUUCCUCUGUGUCUAUGUGUUUGUGUGUGUGUGUCUCUGUGUGUAUGGAUUAAUACUUGAUCCUUAGGUACUUAACCACAAAAAUGGGCUUCCUCUUAAAAUGCUUUCUCUUGUUUUAUUCCAUCAUUCACUUUCCAAGAGAGUCAGUGCAUAAAAAAAUGGAUUUCUGGAAUACGUGUUAGAUUUAUUACAUUAUUCAUCAUGAACUACUUCUCCCCAAAUUAAAAUAACCAUUCAGUCCUGUUAGACACAUCACACUUCCAUUACGAGUCUGUUGAAUUCAAGGCACUGCUUCAUGUUUUAUCUUUCUCUAAAGGCCCCCAAUACAGCUCAGGAGAUUUCGUGGUGAGAGAAGGGAGGAAAGGAGGUAGAGGUCAUGAUAGAAAUAGGAAUGGAAAGUGGGAACAAAAUAAUGAAUCAAUUUUCUGAAAGAUUAAAAUAGUUUAGAAAAAUGUAAUCCCUCAAACUCUCUUUUUCUUUCAAAUCCAGUGAAAAUUCCUAAAAAAAAUUUAUAAAAAUUAAAACACAUUUCACCAAUUAAAAACAGUUUAUAAAGAGUUCCCUGAAUAGCAAAACUAUGUACAAUUUCCAAAUUGAUGCAUUUGGAUAUUUCUUGAAUAGGCAUCUACCGAGGCCCCUGGUUGUACAGGAAAAAAAAACACCUUUUCUCAUUUUAAAACAUAACAUGCACUGCCACCAUAUUUUCCAUUGGAUAAGAGUCCAAAUUUUACCCUCUCUAAACUUCUAUAUAUAAUAUUAGAGAGAACAUAGGAGUCAGGAUCGGCAUGAUUUAGUAAAAGAUCAUUUAUUUGGAACAAAAACCCAGAAAGAAAGGUGCUUUUCAUCACGCGUCAGGAAGAAAAAUCGCAACACGUCUUGCAUUACUGACUGUACUUGUGCUUUGGUUUGAUUGCCUCACACAGAAUGUUUAAAAGCUUGUAGGAUUAGGAGACUGUGAUGUGAACAAAUAACGAAAUAUGUUUGGAAAAAGAGGGGAAAGCCAAAAUUACAGUGUGUUUUCACAGCUGCAUAACAGCAGGUGCAGCCGGCUUUUUGACAGUUAUAGAAUCAUUGACAAAGAUGAAAUUUGUUGGGUUUUUUUACAUUUAUAGCUGGGUUUCUAGCAAGUAUUUCUGGCCAAGUGUGAGGUGAGACUCCUCCAACCCCUGGCCACUUUUUCCAAGCUUAUUAACAGGGUGGAGAUUGAUCUCUGUUAUUUCUGAGUACAUUCCCAUCAGUCUAUUCCUAAUAGUUUGGAUAUGGUGGUUUAAUUCUGAGGAGCUGCAGUUAGGAUCUUUGAGUACAGGAGAAUCACUUCUGAUCUCUCAAGAAAUUUGUAUUUUACAGUCAUGCCAAUUUACUUUUCUUUCCAGUUUAAUAUGGGAGAUAAAAAAAAUAGAAUUAAUUAUUUGUAUGCAAAAAUAUCCUACUCCUGAAUACUUUGGGAGGUCAAAGUUGUUUGGGUGUAUUGCCUGUGUGUCUAGCACAAAAAUAGUCCAUAAUAAUACAUCUAGAAUGUUCAGGUAAAAAUCAUAACAUACUAUUUAUUUAUUUUUUUAAUUGACAAUUUUUAGGUUUUACAAAAA